CUUGGCUUCCCUCCCAACCCAAAAAAAAACCCGUCACAAAAAUUGACAUAUCAGAAGCGCCUGGGCGUAAAUGAAACACCCUAAGAAAGAUGGCUUCACAAAAUGUUGUGUCUUCCAAGGUCUCGCUGACUUUGGACCUUCCGCCAAGCUGCAUUCAGUUCUGUCCCGCGCAUCCUGAACUGUUUGUCGUGGGCACGUACAAUCUCGAACGAGACCAGACGGCGGGGCAAACAGAUGCUGGUGACGGCGAGGAGGGAGAUGACUCGACAAAGACGCCCCAGAACCGCAAUGGAAGCCUUCUAGUAUACAGGAUUGAGGGUACAGAACUAACCCUGGUGCAAACAGUUUCACAGCCAUCAGCCAUCUUGGAUCUCCGUUUUCAUCCCGCUUCGGACAAACAUGACAUCCUCGCCGUGGUUUCAAGUACCGGGACGCUCGCCGUAUUCAAGUUGGACCCAAUGGAGGAUGCCGCAUCUCCACUUAAGCACAUUGCGACCAGCAGAUGCGACGAUAUCGACGAAGAUGUCUUGUUUUUACAAUGCAACUGGCAUCCACUGGACGCAAACGUGAUAGGAGUCACGACCUCGACGGGCGCGGCGAGGUUGCUGUGUUUAGAUGACGAGCAUCGAAUUACAGAUUCCUCGAUCGAUCUCGGUGUUGCGAAUUCACUGGAAGCCUGGUGCAUCAAUUUCUCACCCACUUCACUAGAUGACAGCAAACAUGAUGCCGAGGUGACAGUGUAUUGUGGCGGAGACGACUCGAUGCUUCGUUACCAGUCCCUUAGCUUGGGCAGAGCUGAUGAGGUGUUAUCCUGUGAGAGCCCGUACGCACCCAUCACGAUCAAGGGCACACAUACAGCCGGUGUCACGGCAAUACUGCCACUCCCACUCUUCGUGAAGGAUAAGGGGAGGGUGGUUGUGACGGGAAGCUACGAUGAUCACCUACGUGUCUUUAUUAUCCACGAUCUGCACGAAUCCUACGGUCUCAAGCGGGUCGAGCUGGUGCUGGAGGAAAAUCUCGGGGGCGGCGUGUGGAGGCUGGACCUGGUCAAUAUCAGCCAGCGGGACGGAGGUCUCAGGAUACGGAUAUUGGCGUCUUGUAUGCAUGCCGGAGCCCGACUAGUUGACAUGGAAGUCCAGAACGAACAAGACUGGACGUGCCGUGUCUUAGCGCAAUUUGAGGAGCAUCAGAGCAUGAAUUAUGGGAGCGACUAUGUCCGUGGCGGGCAGGGGGAUGGGUUGCGAUGCGUAUCGACUAGCUUCUAUGAUAAGUUGCUAUGUGUUUGGGAUUAUGAGCCCGUGGCGCAAGGAUAAAAAGGAAAUAGAGGAAGAAUAUCUACCUAUGAUUGGGCAACCUGAUGGGAGCUGAAGCUCCAUGCAUCCCUUUGUUUGUCAACUGUUAUCUCUGGUGGCUUGAUCCCGGGCCAACGAGUGGCUGCCUUAACCUGUUG